AUUACACGGGCACUGUAGAUUGCAUUACUUUGUCCUCCAGCAUGUUUCAUCACUGAUCAUGGCGAGCUGGUGUGUACGUGCUGUAAGACAGAGCUACACUAUUGUAGCAUCUCCUUCACUCGUUAGGGCGACUCCGCGGUUACUAUGCACAGCAACCCAGCAGAAGAGCCCGGGGUCUGGCUCGGAGGAGGAGAACGGGCCACAGAAGCCCGAGCAGAGCUCAGCAGAGAAGGCCCUGACUGAGGAGAAGGCACAACUGGAGGAACAAGUCAAAGAACUCACAGACAAAUACAAGCGGGCACUGGCAGACACAGAGAACCUGAGACGGAGGAGUCAGAAGAUGGUGGAGGACGCAAAGAUGUAUGGAAUCCAGGGCUUCUGCAAAGAUCUUCUAGAGGUGGCAGACAUUUUGGAAAAGGCAACGGAGUGCGUGCCCAAGGAGGCGGUGACCUCAGAGAACCCCCACUUGAAGAACCUUUACGACGGGCUGGUGAUGACCGAUGGCCAGAUGCAGAAGGUGUUCACCAAACACAGCCUGGUCAAGAUCAACCCAGAUGGCCAAAAGUUUGACCCCUACGAGCACGAAGCUCUUUUCCAUGCGCCAAUCCCAGGCAAGGAGCCAGGCACAGUUGCCGCGGUCACCAAAGUUGGCUACAAGCUGCAUGGACGCACCCUCCGACCAGCUUUGGUGGGCGUGGUCAAAGCACCCUAGGCACUGGGCAUCAGUUUUGUGGGGACAUCCUGUUAUUUGGGCAACGAAUCUGUUUGGGCUCCUGAAGAAGGGCAUUAUAUGGGAGUCCUUCAAUGGUGCCUGAGAGAAGUGGAGAAAACAUUUAAAACACAGAAUCAAACUGACAGCACAUCUCUGGACCUCACUUAGUGUUGAAGAGUUAAUGUAAAAGAUGGGGAGGGAGGGAGGGCGGAAAAAGCACUUCAUGUCAGUGUAGAAUCAGGCUUUCUCGACCCGUCUCGACUUCUGUCUGUCAUCCUCAGUCAAUAGAACGAAACUAGACAUUUGUUUUCUUCCAGUGUUCUGAAAAGCUAAGCUUAUGUUAAUCAUAAUAAUGUACCCUAAAUGUUAUCAGUCCCCUACGUUAUAUAUCAUUGCCUGCAGUUAUGGAGAACCUCCCGGUUUAACAGAGUGGAGUUGUUAUGAAGACCUUGGUAGAAACUCUUAGUGAAGUUAGUUACCAGUUACAGCAAAUCAGUGUACUAUGCACACUGGUUUAGUCUUCUUAUACAGAAGUAUGUCAUAGGGUUCAGCUCUGUCUCCCAUUAUGGCCAUAGUCUCAACACAAAAUUUCAGAGAGUUGAUUGUAGGUCCUGUUACUACUAACUCUUCACAGCUGGCUAACUUCAACUUUUGUUAAUAAUUGCUCCACACCUUUAUGAACUGUGAAAAUGAAGGAAGAUUCAGUUGUCCCAGAUUGCAGUGGUGCAGUUUAAUCAGUGGGCAGGUGGUGUAUUGGCAUAGUAUUUUACAGAGGAUGUUUAAUGUGUAAUGAAACCUUUUCAUAAUAAAACCCUCUGAAGGAGAUAGGUUGUGGUUUUAGUUUUUGGACAGCAUCUCUAAGACCUGAGGUUUGUUGAGCUCUUCAAGGUCGUAUGACCAUCCGACUGCAGAUCAACUGUGGGUCCAAAGCUUUUUAAGGCCAAUUUUGGAGUCCCUGAAAUUCUCACUAUGCUGUGUUUCUAUCCAUUUAGAAAUCAUGUUGUAAAGUGCUAGAUUAUUUAGUCCACACCAAAUUACAAAGUUAGAUGAAUAACAACCCUCAUUUAGAUUGUCUUUAACUCAGUUGCCUGGCUGACUCAUAAAAAGAAAGAGAGAAAAGUGAAAUAACCCCCAGAUUCUUAGGACUUGGGAUCAUGUUUCAUGAUAUUCAUACAUACUUUCAGGGAAAUUAACUAUUGCUGUUAGUUUCUGUCAAGUGUAAAUUAUGACAAUUCAUGUUAAGAUCACUGGCCCUUUCCAACUGGAAAAAUAACAGCGCCACAAUGCUAUCUGUCACUUAGAAUCCAACAUGAUUUUUGAGGUCAUGGUAAAUAAUCUGAAAGAUACCAUCUGACCGCCAUAACCAACCCCAAAAAUGUAAUUCAAUGAAAGCCAAUAUUUUAACACUUUAGAAAAAGCAAAACCAUUAGUGUCUUACUACAAAGAUGAAAAAAUGAAAUGAAAGGUUUCAUUGUACUAACACUAGCAUCCAGUAUACAGUAACAGCUUUUAUCGCUUGUAACUUCUAGCACUCAUCUGCAUUUCACAUUCAUGAAAUUAAUGUAUUUAAUUUUCAGUCAUGAAUGUUGCAUCACAACAAGCAACCUUUUCGGGAAACAUUCCAAUACUUGUAUAUACACUUAAAUACAGUGAACAACUUCCUGUAACUUCUCAACCAUAGGCCUGCCACCACAACCACCAUCAUCACAAUUACAUCAUUUAUUUUAAGUGCCCCAAGUUCUCUAAUGAUUGCUUGUUCUAGUAUUUUCCUUAUCUUUAAUGGAUUCUGAAGGUGUACACAUGACCUCGAGAUGGGAUUGUUUGCUAUUCCAUAAAUGGUAUGUACUGAAAAUUAAAUAUGUAUGUACUUGUGAUGAAACAAGAAAAGUCUAUUAAAAUAAAACUGAAUAUUUCCUGA